CUCACUACCCAGAGAGCCUUCCGCUUGCUUUUGCUUUUGCUCUCGCUCUCUCUAAAAUCACACCACUACCCUGUCUCCUCUCUCUCUCUCUCUCGCUUCCUGAACUUCCUAUAUCUGGUCUCUCGAUUUCUCUCGUCUUUACUCUCUCUCUAGGAUUUAUAUGAAUGCCGACCUGGUUCGCCGAUGAUUUCCAUGAGUCUCUCUCUCUCUAGAGUUACCUCGUGAUCUUAAAGAUUCUCUCUCUAUUCGGUUUAGAUGAAGUUCUCUGCAGAUGGCAAUACGGGGAGUUGAUUUCAAAUGGUAUGAUGGGUUCUUCUUGUCCAUGCUUGCAACGAGUGCAAUCAUCGUGUCAAUCAACUGGAAGCGAUACCAUCUCUGUACAUAUCCACUGCACAUAUGGAUUGUGGUUGACUACACAACGGUUUUUAUAUUCCGGGUGUUGAUGUUUGUAGACAAUGGGCUGGCUGCUGAAAUGGGUUUGGAUUUAGGAUGGCAGCAACGAUAUGGUCCAUUUUGUGGACGGAUUGUGGUGAUUUCAGUUCUUUCUCUUCUUCUCUAUCCCUUUUUAUGGGCAUGGACUGUGAUUGGUACUCUAUGGUUCACGAGUGCAAAAAGUUGUCUGCCAGAGGAAGGUCAGAAAUGGGGCUUCUUGAUCUGGUUGCUUUUCGGGUAUUGCGGUCUUAUCUCCAUUGCUUGCAUGUCAAUGGGAAAGUGGCUUACAAGGAGACAUGCCCAUUUACAACGAGCUCAACAAGGAAUUCCAAUUUCAGAAUUUGGAGUUAUAGUGGAUAUGAUAAGGGUGCCUGGUUGGGCAUUUGAAGCUGCUGGCCAAGAAAUGAGGGGGAUGGGCCAAGACACUGCAACAUACCAUCCGGGCCUUUUCUUGACUCCAACCCAGAGGGAGGCAGUGGAGGCACUCAUACAGGAGCUUCCUAAAUUCCGGCUGAAAGCUGUACCAAUUGAUUGCAGUGAAUGCCCGAUUUGCCUCGAGGAGUUUCGUGUUGGAAAUGAGGUUCGGGGCCUCCCUUGUGCCCACAAUUUCCACGUCGAAUGCAUUGAUGAGUGGCUUAGGCUCAACGUAAAAUGCCCUAGGUGCCGGUGCUCUGUGUUUCCAAACCUUGACUUGAGUGCACUUUCCAACCUACGAUCAGUGGACUCAGUUCGAGCCACAGGGAGCUCGGCUCGUUAUGUGCGCACCCAACCGGCGCCUGCCCACAGCAACCUCAUAAGGUUGUGGAGCACCAUGCGAGCUGAGAAUGCCGUCCAUAGUGAGCCUGGUGUGGGUCAGGGUCAGGUGGAGACUACAGAGAGGGUGCCUCCUAGUUCGGUAAGCACCAUCACUGAGAACCCAUCAACCGAGUGACUACAAAAGCCUCCAUUCUCUCUCCGUAGCCCUAUGAAAUUUGGGCUGAGGCGAUGUGGGCCUCUCUCUCCGUAGGAAAUUUGGGCUGAAACGUUGGGUUCUCUUUCUCAUGUGGAGCCAAUGCCUUACUUUUGUCUUGUAGAAAAGCCAAAGCACCAAAUGGGCUUUUUUUGGUUCCUUCUUAUCUCAAUGUCUAAUUUUUGAGCCUUCGGUAUUGGAAAGCUUGUGCCUUAUUGUUUCUA